UAUUGUUUGCUGUCAAAUUGCAAACAUUGGUAAAUGGUAAUGUCGUGAAGUCGUGCUUACAUUUUUCGUUUUUAUAGUUGAAAUCACGCUAAAAUCUGAACAGAAUUAGUAUUUAAAUUAUUUACAGCACAAUGUCUAAUAUAUCUCUCGACAAGGAUACAUUUUAUCGACGAAUAAAAAGGCUUUACGCAGCUUGGAAGGCGGCAGCUGCCGAUCCCAAAGCUGAUGAUACAUUAGCUAAAGUAGACUGCUUAGUUUCAUGUGUCGGUGUCGAUGAAGAUACGUUGUACAGUAAAUCUACCGCGUUGCAGACUUGGUUAUUUGGAUAUGAGUUGCCAGAUACAAUUACAGUACUUACAGAACACAGCAUGUGUUUCCUUGCUAGCAAAAAGAAGAUUGAGUUUCUGAGACAAAUUGAGAAUGGAAAAGAAGAAAGUGAUUUACCUCCAGUGAAACUUCUUAUAAGAGAUAGAAAUGAUAAGGACAAGGAAAACUUUAAUAAACUUAUACAAGAGAUUAAAAAGUCUAAGUCUGGUAAGACAUUGGGUGUAUUUGCUAAAGAUAACUAUCCGGGAGAGUUCUGUGAGAGUUGGAAAAACACCAUGAAAUCGGAAAAGUUUGAAAAUGUAGAUGUCAGUUCAUCGAUCGCUUUGUUGAUCGCACCAAAGGAGGACUCGGAGAUUAUUACAGUGAAAAAGGCCUGCUUAGUCACAGUUGAUGUUUUCACAAAGUAUUUAAAAGACCAAAUCAUGGAGAUCAUAGAUUCAGACAAGAAAGUAAAACAUUCAAAAUUAGCGGAGGGCGUAGAAGCUGCGAUAUCAGAUAAGAAAUAUGUAACAGGAGUAGAUACAAGUCAAGUCGACAUGUGCUAUCCCCCGAUAAUUCAGUCUGGCGGCAACUACAGUUUGAAAUUCAGUGCAGUGUCUGACAAAAACCAUUUACACUUUGGCGCAAUCAUAUGCUCUCUCGGAGCGAGAUACAAAUCCUACUGCUCAAAUAUCGUAAGAACAUUGUUAGUGAACCCUACAGAUGAAGUACAAAGUAAUUAUAAUUUCUUACUGAAUUUGGAAGAGGAGGUCAUGAAGAGACUAGUUUCUGGAGCAAAGCUCUCAGCGGUAUAUGAAGCGGGGCUGGAGCUGGCUAAAAAGGAAAAACCUGAUCUCGUUGAAAAUCUCACUAAAACCUUUGGAUUUGCUAUGGGUAUUGAGUUCCGAGAAAGUUCUAUAGUGAUUGGCCCAAAAACAUCUAUUGUGGCUAAGAAAGGCAUGGUGUUUAAUAUCAACAUUGGCUUGGCCAACUUAACCAACAGUGCAGCAACGGAAAAAGAAGGAAAAACAUAUGCAUUGUUUAUUGGUGAUACAGUACUUGUGAACGAUGAGCAACCCGCGUCUCUGUUGACGCAAUCUAAAAAGAAAAUCAAAAACAUUGGUAUCUUCUUGAAAGACGAUGAUGAGGAGGAAGAAGAAGAAAAGGAAAACAAGACUGAAAUACUUGAAAAUGGAGGCAGAGGCAAAAGAACGGCAGUAAUAGAAUCCAAACUCCGUACGGAACAUUCUUCAGAAGAAAAACGUAAGGAACAUCAAAAGGAGCUGGCUAUAGCUCUCAAUGAGAAGGCUAAAGAGCGAUUGGCGAAACAGUCUAGUAAUAAGGACAGUGAGAAAGUGAGGAAGAAUACCGUAUCCUACAAGAGUGUCAGUCAAAUGCCUAGAGAGAAUGAAGUCAAGGAGUUGAAAUUGUAUGUUGAUCGCAAAUACGAAACAGUUAUCCUGCCUAUAUUCGGUGUGCCCGUACCAUUCCAUAUUUCGACGAUAAAGAACAUCUCUCAGUCAGUUGAGGGUGAUUAUACUUACCUGAGAAUAAACUUCUUCCAUCCCGGAGCGACGAUGGGCAAGAACGAGGGUGGUAAUAACCAGCAACCAGAUGCCACAUUUGUUAAAGAAGUUACCUACAGAAGCACAAACACAAAGGAACCCGGUGAAAUAUCUCCCCCAUCAGCAAAUCUCAACACAGGCUUCAGACUCAUCAAAGAAGUUCAAAAGAAAUUCAAGACGAGAGAAGCAGAAGAAAGAGAGAAAGAGGAUUUAGUUAAGCAAGACACACUAAUACUGUCACAAAGUAAAGGCAAUCCGAAGCUGAAAGAUUUAUACAUUAGACCCAAUAUAGUUACAAAGAGAAUGAGCGGCUCCCUGGAAGCACAUUCUAACGGGUUCAGGUUUACAUCAGUCAGAGGGGAUAAAGUGGACAUACUGUAUAACAACAUCAAGAAUGCAUUCUUCCAACCGUGCGACGGAGAAAUGAUUAUUCUACUACAUUUCCAUUUGAAACAUGCAAUAAUGUUUGGUAAAAAGAAACACGUGGACGUCCAAUUCUACACGGAAGUGGGUGAGAUCACCACGGACUUGGGCAAACACCAGCACAUGCAUGACAGAGACGAUCUGGCCGCUGAACAGAGUGAGAGGGAGCUCCGACAUAAACUUAAGCAGGCCUUCAAGAGCUUCUGUGAGCGAGUCGAGAAUAGCACCAAACAAGAGGUCGAGUUCGACACGCCCUUCCGGGAGUUAGGUUUCCCUGGUGCACCAUACCGCAGCACAGUUCUACUGCAGCCAACGUCUGGAGCACUAGUCAACCUCACCGAAUGGCCUCCAUUUGUCAUCGCACUAGAAGAUGUAGAGCUGGUACACUUUGAGCGAGUUCAGUUCCACCUAAAGAACUUCGAUAUGGUGUUUGUGUUUAAGGAUUAUGCAAAGAAGGUGGCUAUGGUCAACGCUGUACCGAUGAACAUGCUUGACCAUGUGAAAGAAUGGCUCAAUUCUUGCGAUAUCCGCUACUCGGAGGGUAUACAGUCUUUGAACUGGACCAAAGUCAUGAAAACCAUCACAGACGAUAUUGAGGGAUUCUUCGACAAUGGAGGCUGGUCCUUCUUGGAUCCCGAGUCUGAUGCUGAAAACGAGCAGCAGGAGGAAGAUUCUGAGGAGGAGGAUGACGCAUACGAGCCGACGGACGCCGAGUCCGAGGAGGAAUCUGAGGACGACUCCGAGUACGACUCCGAAGCCUCCGACGCCUCGGACGGCGACAGCGAAGACGAGGACGACGAGGAGUCCGGCAAGGACUGGUCGGACCUCGAGCGGGAGGCGGCGGAGGAGGACAAGGAGCGCGCGAUGGGCGGCGACGACUACGAGCGGAAACGGAAGGCCGGACACCGCGACUUCCACGACAACAAGAAGCACAAGAGCUCCUCGCACAAGAGCUCCAGCCACAAGAGCUCCAGCCACAAGAGCCCAUCCAAGCAUAAUAGCAGCAGCAGUCCUUCGAAAAAUCGCGACAAGCACAAGUCGUCGCACAGCCGCGACAACAAAUCGUCCCACGGCGACCGCAAGUCGUCCCACGGUGACCGCAAGUCGUCCCACAACGACCGCAAGUCGUCCCACAACGACCGCGACAAGCACAGCAAGUCCAACGGCGACCACAAGAAGUCCUCCAACGAUAAAUCUCAUAAGCGCUCGCGGGACGACAGUCGCGAACAUGAGCGCAGCUCUAAGAAAUCCAAGAAAUGAAGUGUUUAAGGAAAUCAAGUACCCCGGCGCAUGUCUCUUGAAUGUAUAAAAGUUACAAUAAUUGGACUUUGUUGAUUUAAGCCCAAUUAUGGAAGAUUCCCAUUGUUAUAAGAAUUGUCAGAAUGUCGUUAUGUUUGUAGAUUUAAUAUUCCAUCUGUAAUUUUAAUUUAUACCAACACAAAAUAAAUAUAAGAUUUCUA